UGACUUUAUUGUGAUAUUUUCUACGUCUUGAUGUAGAGAUGCAUAACCUUACUUCCGACAUCGGCGACCACGUAAAGGAGAUAAGAGCGGAGUCACUCAAAUAAAAGAAAGAUAUCGUGACUCGUGUUUCUUCAGGUAAAAUUAUUGAUCGCAUUUUGACGUCAUACUAUAGUUGAAGUUCAACGUGGAUACUGUCAGAGCAGAUAAUGUAGGACAAAGGAUGGGGGUGGUCGACAUCCGGCCCACUGACGAGGGAGGGGGCACUACCCCCCAUACCACUGCCCCAGGGCCAGGUCUGAGUACCGUGCCACCCUGGUACAAAGACAACCAAGUUCUGGUAACUAUUGGUUGCGUAAGUGGAGUCAUUGUUUUCGUCAUUUUCCUUAUCAUCUCGGUUCUCGUCUGCCGUUCCUGCAAAAAGCGACGAAAGUGGAAGAAUGAGUGGGACGAGUCCAAUCUCAUCUUAGAAUCAAAGUCAGCCCCCAUCUCAAGAAAUCCAUCUCCGAAACCAACAAAACGGAAAUCAUGUCCAGAUGUUUCGCCGGAUGUGCGUGGGAUCGUUGUCCGGUCCAUGACUAUCGACAACGUUCCGGAUUUUUCUCUUCCGCCAGAGAGAGUCCAGCCCAGAAACAGUUAUGACAGUAUCCAGAGUCCGACCAAGCAACACACCACGCACAGUUUUGUGGGUCACGUGCAACCAGAUCUUUAUAAAUGCCCAAACUACUCGGACGAGGAGUCUCUGUACCUACAGCCCAGUGAACAUGGCCGACUUUGGUUUUCUGUACUAUGUGAUGUGGCCGUAGAACAACUACAUGUCACCCUGGUCAAAGUUCGAGAAUUGCCAGGGCGAGGAAGAGACAACAGUCCCAGGGACCCCUUUGUUAAAAUAUUUCUUCUACCAGACGAACGUAAUUGUAAAGUAUCCAAAGUCCGCAGGAAAACGUUGGCCCCAGUGUACAAUGAAAGUUUUACUUUUCAGAUAUCACCUGAUCAAAUGAAAACCCGAGUGUUACGUUUUUCUGUUUAUGACGUCGACAAGAGGCGAGUACGCCAUUCCUUGGGUCAUAUUUUGGUUCCUCUUCAAGACAUUGACCUCACUAAAGGCGAUCUCAUGUACCGAGAUCUAGAACUUAAUUCACAGGUUCAUACAACAAUGGGAGAAAUAAAUAUAGGUCUAACUUAUUUGCCUAGUGUUGAGAAAAUUAAAGUGGUAAUCAUAAAGGCCAAAAAUCUUAGACAGAUCGACAUCGAUCAAAACAAACAUGUCUUUGUAAGGAUACAGAUGGUACAUGGUCGUAAAGUGUGCAAGACAAAGAACACCAUGCAUCAUCGAGCUUCGACAGAACCGACAUUUAAUGAAUCCUUCUCCUUCUCCGUGUCGGGGAAGACAGUGGAUACAUGUAGCUUUGAAAUUUCGUUGAUGACGUCUACAAAGACACCGUUUAGCCAUGACGAAAUUUAUGGAAAGACUGUGAUUGGUUCGUUUAUGUUCGCGCGCGGAAACGAACUUCUGCACUGGCAGGAGAUGAUAAACCACCCUCGGUCGUCUGUCGUUAAGUGGCAUCAGCUGUCGGGAGUCACCCACCAUACAUAAACUAUUGAUCAAUUCAAGACACGGUCACAAAUAAUACAAUCAAAGGAGAAAUAUAUAUGAAGAUAUUCACUGUCUGUGUAGUAACAGUUCGUGUGUUGUGUACCACUGUGUCAAAUCUUAACAUAAAUACGGUUCACAGAAAUGGCAAGUCUGAACAAUUCAGCUAAGUCUUAACUGGAUUAUUAUUUUUUUUGGACCGAAACAACAUAAUAUUUUCUAUAACAAAAUUAAAAUUUCACUGUUUUGAUUUGUGGCAUUAAAAUGUUAUCAUACAAAUUUAAUCUGACAAAGAAAUUCUGGUAUAUAGUAGUUUUGUCAGUAAUAAAUAUCUUAUGGAAUUUGUCCAUUAAAUUCAGUACGUUAA